AUGACGACAUCAAGUAGUGGCAAUGAUAUGCUAAAAGCAUGGUUGGGGACAACACUGAACAGCAGUGGAGGGGCAGGUGGGGGGACUCCGGGUAGUGGGAAGGAGGCUAUGGAGAAGUUGGAGAAGAACUUGGAGGCAGCGUUGGAGGAUCUGGAGAAGUGGCUGACAAGACAGGAGUCGCUUGAAGUGUCGCAUCACUGUCAGGACGCGGGGAGCUUCGUUCAGGGGGAGGACUCGGGGAAGAAGCAGUAUGCGAAGGAAAUGUGUAAAGGAAUAGUUGAAAUAAAAUAUUUCGUGAGUGGUGUAAAUAAAAGGAGAAAAGCGCAAACGUUGGAUUAUGAUGCACAAGUUACGGAGCUCACCGAUGCUCAAGCUUAUGCACGUUGUAUUGUGGGAACACUCGCCCUAUCGGAGUUGUAUGGAGAUAAUUGUCACCUGGGCACAGUUAUUGGGGCUGUGUCGUCUAAAGUGGAAGCUAAAUUACAGACAUACGCAGGGGAUGGCGCAAAGUUGGAUAAGUGCAAAAACAUUGACCCACUCGCUUUAGUGUUCGCUAAAUCACUUCUUCAAAACAAAAUCAAACAAUGGGCGGAGAAAGAAAGGACGACACAGAAGGGUAGGAGCUGGAGAGUAUGGAUACCCUGGGACUACUGGGGAUACGUCUGUAAGAAGCAGAAGAGUAACAGGGAGGUACUGCAGCAGGAGAGAGAAAAUAAUGCAAGCAGCAUGGCACAAUUCGUGCAACUGCCGGAAGACAAGAAGAACGCACCUGGUAGUGUUCCUAUGUCGGAAAUAUUAAUCAACGACAAGUACAAAUUAGACACGAACACAAUAGAAAAUGCACUUAAUAAUAUAAUAAAGGAUGGUAAAGUGGAAACUACAAAUAUUUCCACGGAUGAUUUAUGCAAACGUCUACAAUGUAUUGAAGAAUACUUGAAGAAACAGACAACGACAACACCAGGUUCAACAGCAGGAACUGCAGUACAACCGUCAGCUACCGACGAAUUCUGGGGGGAGACUGGCGAUGUAUACAGAUUAUGGAAUGAAUUAGCAGGAGCAAUGAAGAAGAUAAAUGGCAAAGCCAAAGAGGGAAAUGGAAAUGGAUGUGAAACAUUGGAUAGUCCAUCUGACAAGGCGGCAUGCAAUUAUUUGCAUGCCGGCUUCACCGAACUAUACAAUCCGAAGAAUACGACGCCGGCAGGCGGCGCCGCCGACCUCUUAAAGAACAACCCAUCGUUUAGACAAACGAUGGGUUGUUUCUUACUUCAUUCCUAUGCAAAACACAUAAAAGAAAAGGCAAUUUGUGAUAUUAAAGAAGGCAUAGAGAAGGCAUUCCAAUUGGGAGAGUCUCUGAGUAAAAGUGGUGCUAACUGCAGCGAUGCCAAUGGCAAGGGACCUUGUGUUCCUUGUCAAUGGACUGAUGCCAGCAUGGACAGCUGCACCGUGCGGACUGGCACAACUGGCUCAGCGGAGACUGCAAAGACUAAAGUGGAAGAAAUGGUCAGAGGGAAAGAACCAGACACUAAGCCAAUCAUAGAUAACAUAAAUACCAUGUUCACUUUAUGUGAGCAUAUGAAAUGUAUAGCAUCCCGAGUAAACUCAUCUACUAAUAAGGACGACUUCUGGAAGGAGAAGAUUGGUGAAGUUGGCAGACUGUGGACAGAACUGUCCACAGCAAUGAAGAGAAAUGGGGGCAAUGACGAAAGCGGAAAUGGAGAUUGUAGUCAAAUGGAUGAUGGCAGAGAACCCACUGACUCUGAGAAGAAGGCAUGCAAUUAUUUGCAUGCCGGCUUCAUCAAACUGAAGAGCAUUGCAACAUCUGAGAGCACUGAGUACCAAACCCUUAGUAGAAACCCAUUGUUUGUCCAAACGAUGGGUUGUUUCUUACUUCAUUCUUAUGCAAAGAAAAUGAAAAGCGAGGCGAAGUGUGAAAUAGCAGCAGGAAUAAAAAAGGCAUUUAAGCUUGGUGAUGAUCUAAUUAAACAAGGUGCUAAUUGCAAUGGUAGUUCCAGUGGCAAGGGACAAUGUAUCCCUUGCCAAUGGAAUGAAAACAUCCUUGACAGUUGCGAAAUUAAAACAAAUGGCAGCGCCUCUGGCACUGGCCAAAAUGAUAAGGUUGAGAACAAAUUGAAGGGCAUCGUCAAUGGCAGCGACGACCAAAUAAAAGAAAUGCUAAAGAACAUAAAUGAAAUGACUACUUUAUGUGACCAUAUGAAAUGUAUUGCAACUCACCUAAAUUCGCCCAGCGGACAAAAACAGAAAGCGGACGACUUUUGGAAGGAGGAGACUGGCGAAGUGGUACAACUAUGGCAAAAAUUGUCCGAAGCAAUGGCACAAAGUGGGGGCCAAGACAGCGGAGAUCACUGUAAUACAGUGGAUGAUAAUGGCAGUGCCACUGGUGCCACUGGCAGAACUCCUACCACCCCUGAAAAGAAGGCAUGCAAUUAUUUGCAUGCCGGCAUCACCAAGUUAAAGGAUCUUUCCAAACCAGCAGCGUCUAACGCCAAAGACAACAAAAUCCUGUCUAAGGACCCAUCGUUUGUCCAAGCGAUGGGUUGUAUCCUUCUUAAAGAAUAUGCAAAAAAAAUGCAAGGUAAAUCGACUUGUGUCAUAGAUGCUGGUAUAAGGGAAGCUUUCAAGUCAUGGAGUCCAAAUAAUAAAACUGAUUGCACGGACAGUAAUCCGUGCAUUGAAUGUAAAUUGGACCAUAAGGACUAUGGCGACUGCAAAAUUAACACAACUGACACAUCUGGUGGCAGCACAACCCCAACGAAAGUAACGGACAAAUUAACAUACGUUAAGGACAAAAUUGACAACACCUCCAAUACCACCUUAACCAAAAUAAAUGAAAUGAAGAACUUAUGCGAUUACAUUAGAUGCGCCGCACCCAAAUGGUUCAAACACUACACAACGACGCAGAAUGAUAUUACUACUGCUAACAAGUCUUGGUGUGACUUUUGGGAUAAGACUGUUAAAGUCGAACUUCAGAAUAUGUUCACAAUAAUUCAGACGAAUGGAAAUAACACUGCAACGAAGAAUAAUGAUGUAUGCAAUAAAUUUGGUGAUGAUAAUCCUGAUAGUGUCGAAAGAAAAGCUUGUAAUCAUAUCGCGGCGGGACUAAAGUACAUUAACACAAUUACAGGUAGUACGACCACUCAGAAGGGUCAUACGGAUGAUGAUAAGUUUCUUAAACAAACUAUGAUGUGCGCAGCACUUAAUCUUUACGCAACUAAAAUAAAAGAAAGGUCGCAAGAGAAAUGUCCCAUUGAUGAGACAAAAAUAGGAGAAAUGUUCACUAAAUGGAAUGAAAAAAAUAAUAAUAAUUCUUCGUCUUCGUCUCCAUGUAAUGGUGUUGGUGGUAAUAAUAAUUGUUUUGUUUGUGAUAGGGUAGAAAUCUCAGAAUUUAAGAAUUGCCAACUAAGUGUUGACAGCGCUCUGGUGGGAAAUAAUCAAGGUGCAACUUGCAAUAAAGACAAAACUUACGUAGUUAAAGUCGAAACUCAAAUGAACGAACUCCUCAAUGACGGCACCAUCAAGAUGGAAGAAAAAUUGUCCAACAUAAAUGAAAUGAACAAUUUCUGUUCUGUACUCCAAUGCACAGCAAAGAAAUGGAACUUGACAAAAAACCAGAAUGCAAAUCCCACUUGGAACAACAUCGAAGAUGACGCCAAAGGCGUAUUAGCGCAACUUUUAAGUUAUAUGACAGAAUCGAAUAAUCAGAGGGACGCUGCCGAAUACUGCAAUGACGACAACAAAUGGAGUAAAUUUGGCCAUAAAGGAAAACAUACAAAUAAAGCAGCUUGUUUGCUUUUUGCUGCUGGGUUAAAGCACAUUUAUGUCCGUGGUAGGGACUCUGUUAAGGGCCCAUCGUUUGAACAAACGAUGGGUUGUUUAUUUCUUAAAGAAUAUGCAAAACAAUUGAAAGACUUGGCAAAUAAGAAGAAAAGAGGAAAUAGUUGGGUACAUCCUCUUUGUGACAUAGAUAAGGGCAUAAAACAUGCUUUUAAUGAAAGUGAAAAAAUUAUGAAGAGUGUAUUAACUCAAUGCAACAAUGGUCCUAAUGGUAUUUCUUGUUUUGUGUGCACACAAAACGAAAACGAUUAUAAAGAUUGUUCCAUUGGCUCUGAGAAAGUACAGAACAAAGUUGAACCAUUGUUCACAGAUCCUACGAAACAAACCGAAAUGGAAGAAACAUUAUCGAAUACAGUCUGUCCCAUCCUUAUUACGGAUCUUCUUACCCCUUUUCUUCCUUUGGCUCCUGUCUCUAUUGGUCUUUCUGCUAUGGCUUAUUACCUUUGGAAGUAUUUUGGUCCUCUUGGUAAAGGAGGACCACGUUUCCGAAGAUCUCCCACUGAAAUUCCUGGUCCAUCCGUACAAGAACAAGUCCUCGAUCAUGCGGAUGAAGCUGCUUCACAUGAAUAUCGAUUGGUGAAGGAACGAAAACCUCGUUCUGCUCCAACGAGAACGAAACGUUCUGGUCGCGUGAAUCGUCGAACGAUUAUUGAAAUUCAUUUUGAAGUGUUGGACGAAUGUCAAAAAGGGGACACACAAUUGACUCAGAAGGAUUUUCUGGAACUUUUGGUUCAAGAAUUCAUGGGAUCCGAAUUAAUGGAAGAAGAACAGGUUCCUAAGGAAGAGGUUCUUAUGGAAGGGGUUCCUAUGGAAAGUGUUCCAAUGGAACGUGUUCCAAUUUUAGGUUCCGUGUUUAUGGUUUAG